ACGCGGCACGCACACCGCUGCACCUGCACCGCGCUCCACUCCACCCCGCCCGCUCCGCGCCGGCCACCCCCCGCACAAUGCGCCGCCUCCGCCUCGCGGCGCUCCUCGGGGUCCUCCUCCUCCUGCUGCCCCUCGCCGCGGCGGCCGGGGCGGCGGCCAAGGCGCCGGCGGCCCCGCCGGCGCCGCCCAACGUGACGACGGCGAUGGCGAAGGGCGGGUGCAAGGCCUUCGCCGACCUGAUCGCGUCGUCGCCCGACGCGGCCUCCACGUACCAGUCGGCCGUCGGCGGCGGCGUCACCGUGUUCUGCCCCACCGACGACGCCGUCAGGGCGUUCAUGCCCAGGUACAGGAACCUCACCGCCGAGGGCAAGGCGGAGGUGCUCCUCUUCCACGCCGUGCCGGUGUACUACUCCCGGGGGAGCCUCAAGUCCAACAACGGCGUCAUGAACACCCUCGCCACCGACGGCGCCGCCAAGAACUACAACUUCACGGUGCAGAACGAGGGCGACGCCGUCACCAUCAAGACGGCCGCCUCCCAGGACGUCGCGCGGGUCAAGUCCACGGUGCUCGACGCCGACCCCGUCGCCAUCUUCACCGUCGACUCGGUGAUCGAGCCGGUGGAGCUGUUCAAGCCCGCGCCGGCGCCCUCGCCCGCGCCGGCGGCGGACGCUCCCAAGGCGGCCAGCAAGGCCGCGCACCACCCGGCGCCCGUCGUGGCCGACGCUCCCGGCCCCGCCGCCACCGACUCGCCUCCGGCCGACCAGAAGAAGGAGGCCAACAAGAGCGCGGCGGCCGGCGCGCCGUCGUGUGUCCGGUGGUUCGCCGCGACGGUGGCCGCCGCCGUCGUCAUGGCCUCCACGUUGGCUUAGGCCUUUCCUUCUUUUUUUUUUUUUUGCGGUUUCUUUUUGUUGAUCCAUUGGUGUGAUUGUGGUGUGAUGGCGUGUUGAUCGAUGUGCUUGCGAGAUUUGUGCUUCUUUCAUGGAAGAACUAGUGGCGUGCUUAAAUAUUUUGUUAGUACUUUC